ACAACCUCAGAGCAUAACAAAGUAACCAAGAGAACAGAAGCGCGUUCAGAACGCACUACAGAAGAAAUAAGAGAGACAGAAGACUAAGUUUACGCAGUCAGAAACAACGAUGUUUGCCAUGGAGAGAUCAGUGAAAUUUGCCUUGGUUUUCAUAGCGAUCUCCAUGCUGAUCUCCUGCCACCCCACAGAUGCGUGGUACAAGCAGGCCACCGGCCCCAGCUACUAUUCGGUCGGCAGAGCGUCCGGUUUGCUGUCUGGGAUCCGGAGGUCUCCUUACGUACGGAGAUCAGAAUCCGACUCUGAGAGCGGGGAGAGCACCGUCAACAACCUUCUUUCUGAGCUAGGUACCCAGCACAGACAAACAUCCAUCCUCAAAAACAUUGCUGUUUGUGUCAAAGACAUCUUUCCUAACCUGCAGAGCUGCGAGCUGGUUCAGGACGGCAUGAACACGUUUCAGUGCAAAGCAGACGUGUACCUCUCCCUGGACUCACAGGACUGCGCAAACGCCUAAUCGUCCCAUUACGAGAACACACUACACACAACGCCUCUUCCUCGGAAAAGAACGACUACAAACAAAACGUAAUGGACCGAUGACAUUGAAUGUUUAUCAUUUGCACCAUCUGUGAACAUGUCACAUACAUCAUAAAAAAAAAAAAAUCCAAAGUACCAUGCGAGAGAAAGGUCAUUUCACCUCCCCCUCCGCCUCUCUAUUCUAUGUAUCCACUUGCAAAUGUAUUAAAAUCCUCAUAAACUGUUUACUGCUGAGCAGAUUUUCUGAGUUAAAAUAUUUCUUUCUUUCGUUCUUUUUUUUAAAUUAAAAUGAGCAUAUACUGUGAACUCUAUGUGUGCGUUUGUAUUAAUGUUCUAUAAAAUAAAAAGUCGCAACAUCAUUUGU